CAAAAAAGCAAAUGUUAUUACUUAUUAUCAAAUACCAAUUACUAAACGAGUUACAAGUAAAACAUAAUAUUUCUACUUAUAUGUGAUCAUUAUUUUAAACUAUUAGAUUUUUUUUAAACUGACAAUAAUAAAUCAAUACAACAAACUCAUAAUGUCAUCAAGUAGUAGACCGGAUGAUCAUCGGCGAAAAUGGGACCGAGACGAAUACGAAAAAUUGGCCAGAAAAAGACUAAUGGACGAUCUCGACGACGAUCAUUCCAAGGACCUAUCCCCAAUAAAAAGAGAAAUGCUCAAGCAACGAGAUUACCGUGUAGACUUAGACUCAAAACUUGGAAAAAGUGUUGUAAUUACUAAAGCCACUCCUUCUUCACAAAGUGGAGGAUAUUACUGUAAUGUUUGCGAUUGUGUGGUUAAAGAUUCCAUUAAUUUUUUGGAUCAUAUAAAUGGAAAAAAACAUCAAAGAAAUUUAGGAAUGUCCAUGAAAAUUGAAAGAUCAUCAUUGGAUCAAGUGAAAAAAAGAUUUGAAACAAAUAAAAAAAAAAUGGAAGAAAAGAAAAAAGAUUAUGAUUUAGAACAGCGUUUACGAGAAUUGAAAGAAGAAGAAGAGAAGUUAAAAGAAUAUAGAAAAGAAAAAGAAAGAAAAAAACGUAAACAUGACGAAUUAGAUGAUGAACCACAAAACGAUGAUAUGGCAGCAUUAAUGGGAUUUUCAGGUUUUGGAACGUCAAAAAAAUAACGAUAGGAUAAAUAAUAAAGUUUAAGUGAUAAAUAGUAAAUAAAAAAGUCAAUAAUUGACAAUAAUACUAAAUAAUAAUAUUUAUAAUUGUAAUGAAACUGCUUUCUAGAAAUUCA